AUGCCAGCUGGUAAACCCAGUAUCAACAAAGACCAUCUUGAAAGCAAUGGAAUUACUUACGACGAAUCCGUUCCUACCCAUGAUGAUGGUGGACAUGCUGGCUCUACCCUUCCAACACAUGUUCGAAAUCGAUUUGAGCAAGCGGCACAGACAUAUUUGGCAACAGGUCGGGAUAGGAACGAUAACAAUAGUUUUAGACCCCCGGAGUCUGCAUACAUGAAUGAUUUCGACACUCCAUCUGUGUUGGCCGAGGAUUUGCAGCUUCAAAUGAACCACGGUGUGAACGUAGCAAAAAAGAUUCAACAUGGGGUCGAAAUGUGCGCCACAGAUAUCGAAUGGCAAUUCAUGCUGCAGAAGGUAUUCAGAUGUUAUGAGGAUCUUAACGCACUUGCGGAACAGCACUGGGAUCUUCUUGACCAAUUUUCUCUGCAAAAGAACAUUUUAUGGGAUGAUACUGAAAAUCGUGUCGACAAUCGCCUGGCGAAACUUCUGAAACCAGAUUUUUCUUAUGGAUAUACAAUUUAUGAGGAUAUUUCCUCUUCCCUUCAAUCAACCGAGCUUGUAACGAAUUUCUCACUUCAAUCGCUUUGGAGAGCUUCGUUCUGCCGGUUUAAUCUCUUCUCCCUUUGUUUCACGCCAACAUCUGAAACAAUUUACCUACUGCCAAGCGGCGAAUGCGGCGUUGGCCGCCCUGAGGAUGUUUUAACUGCACUCGAUUCAUCAGAAAAUGGCGUGUAUCUGGUCAAGCAGCCUAUGUCUAGAGUGGGGAGUAAAGGUUACUUGUCGUAUCGUCCAGAAUAUGAUAUUUUGGGCGUCAAGACCGCCCAGCGAGCGUUACCCAUGAUAUUUCAUCCACUAGCAAACCCCACCCGUCCAAAGCUUCCACCACGUUCGACCAUGAAGAAAAGCUCCAGAUCGAAACAUAGUAUUCAACUACCUUCAGCCCUCCAACAAGCCUCCCAGGGUCACGCAUCUAAAGCGGUUUUCUAUCAGGCGAUUCCCAAAGGCAAAGGCGAUAGCUCGAUAAAAUCGAACAACCGAAAACAUGACCUACGUUCCUCGAAAGGACGCGAAAUUGUUAAACAACAAAAUGGCAUGCUAAGAUCGUCACAUCUUGGUCCCGUGAUAGACACGGAAAUUAGAAAAGAGAUAGAACAUGGCAUCGAUGACCAUGGUGCAGGAAAUAGAGCCACCGAGAACGAAGAGGAGCCCCCAACUGGUGGUUUAAUCGUUCCAGAGGUGGCUGAGGGAAAACAAGACGCAGGCCAAGCAGAAGACUGCAAGGAAUGGACAAUCCCAGGGGGUACGGAGACAUAUAAACCUGGUGACGUAAAUUGCUGGAGGCUUGACGAAGAUACCGGAGUUGAUAAAUGUCACACUGGAAGUAGUGUAUCCGGAACGGAGAUUAUAUCAUCGUGCAGCAGACCGCUCAAGUGGGAAGAGUAUGAAGAAUGGAAGGGGUCACCCAGAGAAGUCUCUGAAAACAAGAACGCGCAGUCGUACUGUGAAGAUCGCAAAGGCGAUUUUUGGGAUACUUCAAAUCAACAAGCUAAGCCCACAACUGGGGAGUGCUUACAUUGUAGAACCAAGUUUGUGGAAGAACUUGAGUUGCUAUUGGGGUAUGAGCUACCUAAAUUGAGCGCAGUUUCAAAGCGGCUCUCUGAAAUACGGGGAGGAGAACUACUUGAUGCUACUUGCAGUGUCCUCGAGCUUUGGGUAUCCCGAAGUGACAGUGUCCCGUCCGUAUCCGGCCUGGAAAAGAUCUUACAGGAACUGAGCAGCGUUCUGGAACCUCAUGAUACCAUUCAACCGGAGCAAAUGUGGGCUACUGAAGUAGGAAUCUGGGAAAAGAUAGAUCAGGCUUUACAAACUCUUCAUCAGUCGAAUGACACCAAAUUAAGGAACCUGCUGGUGUGGACUAUAGAAUAUGUGGAUCUAGUGGACAUUAUUGACCUUUUCGAUAUCCUCAAAUUUGGGGAGUUAUCUUGUGCACAUCUGAAGUGCAUGAAGCAAGAGGCUAAAUCGAUCAUGGACCUCUCGCAGGAUUGA